ACCUGAAAAAUUAGCAUAUUACAAUUUCACUUGCUGUUCACAUCACACGAUCAUAACAUUAGCAACUUAAACACAAAUUAAAACAAAUACGCUAACAUAUAAAUUGUAUCAAUAUGAACAGAAAUAUAUUAAAAAGGAUGAUUGUUUUAAAUAAAAAUUGUCAAAAAUAUAUACAUCUCGAUCGUGGUAAUAGAUUUAUCGUGAGCAGAAAAUUAUUUGAAAAUGAACAUCGACUAAAACACAACAAAAAUUUGGAACCAAAUAGUAAAUGGGCUUCAAAAUUAAGAGCUUAUCAUGAAUUGAUGGAUGUAAAUAAAGAUGGAGUUGUUUCUUCGGAAGAUCUUUUAGAACUUACAGAAAGAUUUUCUACUAUUAAUAAUAUGACAAGAGAACAAAGCUUGAUGUUUAGUAAAGUUAUAAAAAACUUAUGGUAUAAACAUUGGGGUUGCAUUGAUCCAUUUAGUUAUGUUACUGUAGAAAAGUACUUGAAUUAUAUUCAAUAUGUUAAGCAAAAUAAGGAGUUAAAACACGAUGUCAUUCAAUUGUUGCCCUAUUUAUUUAAAACUGUUGAUAAAGAUCAAAGUGGCGAUAUUUCAAAAGAUGAGUACGAUCAGUUUUUGAAAUGUAUUGGAACUUCUGCUGAAAAUCAAUUAAUUGAGUCACUUGGAAUUGUUAAUGACACUGAUGGUACAAUAAAACUGGACGAUCUAAUUAUUAUUAUUGAAAAGAAUUUCUUUAAGAGUGAUAAUGUGGAAGAAUUUUGAAAUUUGAAAUGUAUUAUUAUACAUGAAUGUGUUAAAACACAGCUUAGUUAUUAUACAGCUUAGUAAACUAAUAUUUAAAAAUAUUUUGCUAUACAUUAUAAUUUAAAUAUAAUUCAAUAAUCCAUAAAAUAUUGUUUGCUGUUCGUCAUAUUUAAAAAUUAUAUACAAGAUGAUUCACACUGUUACAGUAAAUUUAAUA